UCCUUCCUUAACACUCCUCCCCACCCUUUCCCCUUAAAGUUACCUGCCUGAAGCCUGUUAAAGACUGUGGCAUUACCAGGUGCCUCAGAGGGCUUCAAUUUCUUUUUUGGAGAAAUGUCUUCUGAGUCAGAAAAGGGUAAAGAGAGACUGAUUCAAGCUGCUAAAAUACUCUUCUUUCACAUACGAGAUCUGGUUUCCUUCAUAAAUAAGUUCGUUGAAUUGUUUAACCUCACAAUGAAGACUCAGAUCCUCCAGAUGGAUCUGAAAGAAGAUAGCUACAUUAAAGAUUUCUUUGAACAAAUGAUUAAAAUUUUUAAAGAGAUGCAAUUGAUGUUUGAUGCAAAGCCUAAACAAAUGCAAAAGGAGCCUUUAUGUUCCAAGGUGGUGACUGCUGUGACUGCUGCAGUGGAGAAAUGUGCCAACAUGGGUCCCCACCACACAGCUAAAGAAAUGCUCAAAACUAUCCAGACACCAGCUGUUGCCUCUGUGCUGAACAGUAGUCACAUCCUUGGGAAUCUAGAAUCUGCUCUUUCGCUCCUGAUACAGUUCCCCAUCAUGAGUCUUCGAUUACGUGACUUCUAUACGGAAGAGACCAAAGAGCAGCCAGGUGCCACCACAUCCGAGAAAAGUCCAGAACAUCCCAAGGCCAUUUCAGAGGAUGCCUUGAGGAAGCUGCAAGAUGCCCUAAGAACUGAUAAUGCCAACAAGUCGGUAGAAGCAGCCGCAGAUGAACUGGAACUGUUUGUCAAGACUAUGGAGCCAACCUUACAGGUCCUCCAGAAAACCAUAAAGACCAUAGAAGGGGAUAUCUCCACAUCUAGGGAAGCCGAGGCCAAGUAGAGACAUCCUAUGGCCUGGCUCAAGUGCUGCCUCCAUCCAAAGCCUUCCUGGUUCUUCUUCAAGGCAUCUUUCCAGGCGCUUGGACUCUCACAUACGUAAGACUUGAUUUUCCUCUUGUGACUUGUUUUUAAAUUUCUUCUUAGAGAUUAUACAUUUGUGAGAGAACUGGUCAAGUAUGUUCAACUUUUAGAAGAAAAGAAAAAGUUUCAAGUUUAUCCCUGCUACUGUGUAUGAGUGU